AUGUUGCAUCGUUGGAGAAUUUUGCACUUUACAAGAAAUUGUCUCAGGGUGAAAAACAAAUAUUUUCAGUGUUGUGGCAAUAGUCACUAUACAACUGUGAAUAACGUAAGUUCUGAAGAUGGCAUUAAACGUUUCAUUGUGGAAAACACGGAAAUAGUGAACGACCAUAAUUUAACGCCAGAAAUCCGUCUAAGAUUGUUUACCCCAAAAUGUCGGUUUUGGCACGCAAGACCAGAACUCUGGCCGUUCACCGAUCCAUACUGGGCAAUUUACUGGCCAGGUGGACAAGCCCUUUCAAGGUAUGUGUUAAAUGAUCCAGAAGUUACCAGGAACAAGAGGGUGCUGGAUCUUGGGAGUGGGUGUGGAGCCUCCGCAAUCGCUGCCAAAAUCAGUGGUGCUGCUUAUGUCCUGCUCAAUGACAUAGACCCAGUUGCAGCCGUCGCCGCCAAGCUGAACUGCGAGCUGAACGGCUUGGAGCCCCUCCCUUGCCUGACGAAGGACUUGAUUGGCUCGGAGCCGGACGGGUGGGACCUCAUCCUGUUGGGGGACAUGUUCUACGAGGAGGCGCUGGCACACGGGCUGCACGCCUGGCUGCGGAGGUGCAUCGCGGCCCAUGGCACACGGGUGCUGAUCGGAGACCCGGGACGGGCCCAGCUGGAGGGCCACAACAUCCAGAGGCAGCUCCUCCGGCUCGCCCGGUACGAUCUGCCGGAGGCGGUGCGAGAACAGAACCACGGCCUGACCGGCACGACGGUGUGGAGCUACCAGCCUGAGCUGUGACUGCCUCUCCCCCUCAUGAAGCCUGGUUCCAGAGCUGCCAAGCUGAGCACGGGCUGUCCAGAAUCACACUCAGUGCCUCCUCAUCAUCUUUACUGCUGUGUCUUGCAGUUUUGAUGAAUCUGUGACAUGUGGUUCAUAAAUACCUCAGAGUACCUUUUCAAUGUUUUUUCAACUUCUGCAGAUGGGCAGCAAAAAAUAUCUAAUUUCAUAAA